AAAAACAGACGACCACAUAUUUUGUCUAAUUUGCUAUCUGGCGCAAAUAAACAGAAAACACAUGUCAAGUGACCUGAAGAAACUGGUUCUGGCCAGUUUUUGCUUUUACCGAAGCUUCCCGAGAAAGAUUGUACUAAUCAAAUUGAUGCAUUAAUUUCCGUAUGACUAAGAUCCAGUUACGUAAUCAUCAAUAUUGACGGACUUGUUACUAUUUAUGCUAUUUGUGGACGUUCCAAUGUCAGAGCAGAAAUAAAAAUAGUCUGGUGUUUGCAAAGAUGUACAGUCAGGGAGGAGAUGGGAGGAACCGAGGAUUUGGGUUCCAAGGGUUCGCAAUCAACAAGUCUGAUGGAGGUAGCGUAGGUGGCGAUGGGUUAUCAAGGAUGGGUAGUUCGGGAACAUCUCGUGCUAUCCCAGGAAGAAGUAUGGGCUACAAGCUUCACUUUGGUCGCAGUAGGAUCACUGAUGAUGACGAUUAUUUUGAUGGUGAUGAAGCAGAUAAUGCUGAGUACCAGCCAGCCCCUGGCAGCCCUGGAGCAGACCAGGAACAAAACAAGAAAGACGACAGUGACAGUGAUGAUCCACUAGAUGCUUUCAUGGCUGGCAUAGAGGAAGAGGUGGAAGCCGACUUUAAACCAAAGAAGAAAGAAACAAAGAAAAGAGGAGAGGAAAAAGGUGUACGAGACGAUAUUGAACAAGAAGAUGUAGAGGAAGCAUAUUAUCGUUACAUGGAGGAGAACCCGAUGGCCGGAGUACUAGCGGACGAACAAGAGGAGCUAAAUGUUGAAUAUGAUAAUGAUGGAAAUAUCAUAUAUGUGGAGAAAAACAAGAUAAUUGAUCCACUUCCCCCAAUUGACCACUCAGAUAUAGAUUAUGAAAAAUUUGAGAGAAAUUUUUAUGAAGAGCAUGGAGACAUUGCCAAACUUUCUGACCAGAAUAUCAACGAGCUGAGAGAUAAACUAGGAAUCAGAGUGUCGGGCUUAGCCCCUCCGAAGCCUGUUUGUAGUUUUGCUCACUUUGGUUUCGAUGAGGCUCUGCUGGAGGCUAUUAGGAAAUCGGAAUACUCCAAGCCUACUCCUAUACAAGCACAGGGUGUUCCCAUAGCAUUAUCUGGGAGAGAUAUCAUUGGUAUAGCAAAGACUGGUAGUGGUAAAACAGCUGCCUUCCUCUGGCCACUCCUUGUACAUAUAAUGGCUCAGAAAGAGUUGGAGAAAGGUGAUGGUCCUAUAGGAUUAAUUUUAGCACCAACGAGAGAGUUGUCACAACAGAUUUACCAUGAAUGUAAAAGGUUUGGGAAGGUAUAUAACAUCAACACAGUAUGUGCGUAUGGUGGUGGUAGUAUGUGGGAACAACAAAAAGCAUGUCAGGAAGGAGCAGAAAUAAUUGUUGCUACCCCAGGUAGAUUAAUAGAUCUGGUUAAAAAGAAAGCCACAAAUUUAAGAAGAGUCACCUAUCUUGUUUAUGAUGAAGCAGACAGAAUGUUUGAUAUGGGCUUUGAGCCGCAGGUACAUUCAAUAGCAAAUCAUGUGAGACCUGACAGACAGACAUUACUGUUCAGUGCAACAUUCAGAAGAAAAGUAGAAAAAUUGGCGCGAGACAUUUUGGCUGAUCCAAUCCGAGUGGUACAAGGAGAGGCUGGUGUUGCGAAUGAAGACGUCACACAGAUUGUAGAGGUUUUACCUCCUGGACCCGCCAAAUGGACAUGGCUUGUGAAAAGACUUGUAGAAAUGACCACAUUAGGAAGUGUUCUCAUAUUUGUUACAAGAAAAGCAAAUUCAGAGGAAUUAGCAACAAAUCUCAGAAGUCGAGAUUUUCAGGUUGGUUUGCUGCAUGGAGACAUGAGUCAGAUGGAAAGGAAUGAUGUUAUCACCACAUUUAAGAAAAAGGAAUAUCCAAUAUUAGUAGCAACUGAUGUAGCAGCAAGAGGUUUGGAUAUCCCAUCUAUAAAAACAGUAGUCAACUACGAUGUUGCCAGAGAUAUUGAUACACAUACACACAGAGUGGGAAGAACUGGUCGAGCAGGAGAGAAGGGUUUUGCUUUCACACUGAUCACGGAAAAGGACAAGGAAUUUGCCGGGGCUUUGGUACGGAAUUUGGAGGCAGCCAAUCAGCACGUACCACAACCUCUUCUAGAUCUUGCUAUGCAGUGUCCAAGAUUUCGACAGACUCGUUUCAAAAGUCAUGGGCGUGGAAAGAAACCAUUGGCAGUUAUAGGUGCAUCCUCUGGACAAAAAGAACGGCCAGGGCUUGGGGCAGAAUCCAGCACACGGGUACAAGACUCUACAAGUUUUACAUCAUUCAGAGCCAGUUCAGCAUUGGGGAGAGGUCCACAGACAGAUAGAAUGUCGGCAAUGAAAACAGCGUUUGCAGCACAGUACAAGACAAACUUUGUGGCAGCAGUAGACUCAGCUCCGAAAACGAUACCUACAGGCAUACACGAACCAGAAAAUCCGAACCCAUUUCCCGACCAUUCUCACUCCAAGAGACGGAAAAAGUCGAGAUGGGAUUGAUCAAAUACUGUUUGUUUUUAUAUAUUACUUAUUGCCGAGAUAACUGGCAUGUAAAUUCAGAAUAAAUUUUUGAUCUGCAAUGAGAUCCACCGUCUGACUGUUGCCAUUGUAAAUGCCAAGAUAUUCAGUUUGAGAAAUGGAAAACUCAAAAAGACUUGAUUGAGAGUAAAUGAAUUUACUGUGAUGGGCAGAAGUGUUUCAGCAUUGUUUGAUAUUGCACAGUGCCAAGAUUUACAAAUAGUGCAGGCAAGGGUUCAUUGUUUAUGAUACCAUGAAGCUGUGCUUGCUUGAGCACCAAUGACUCAAUCACCCGUGCCAGCUCGAGCAAUUUAUAUAGUCUACAGUCGUUUUCCAAAUAUUUUAAAUGUUUGGAUUGCUGGAAACCCUAGAUAAUUCAAGCAUUUUGGUCAUCCCAUUGCAAGCUUGUGCUAUCCAUGUUUUACUGUACGUGUUAAAUAAAACAGCUUUAAUAGAUAGUCAGUAGUGAUAUCUGUAUGUAUGAAACAGUGUGAAAGUAGUUCAUAUAUGAAAAAGCACAGUGAAGUCUGAGAUGUGUAUGAUUUAACACAGACUUGGUGUUUCUUGAUGUUAAUACAAAUAUAUAAUGCGCUGCAGUUUAUAGGACUUACGUUUGCAGAAUUCAUUGAAACUCAAGAUUGUACCUAUUUUAAAACUUUCCUAUGCUGUGUUCUAUGUUUUGAAUGACUCUACAUAUUUUAUUAAACUGAUUACACAUCAAAGUAGAUCUAUAUUCCAAGGUCAGAUACACAAUGAGCUAAUAAAUAGUUUUAGAAAAAGUGUUUACAAUGUCUUCAAGAGUCUGUUUCAAGUGUUGCAGAAUUCAGAUAUUGAGUAAAAUGAGAAAAUUAAAAUAUUUGUUUGAAUAUACAGUUUAAACUCAAUAUCUCGAACUGGUUCAUCUCAAAAUUCCGAUUAUCUUGAAAAUAUUUUCAAGUCUCAUCCCAAAAAAUAAAACGUACACAAAAUAGUUAAGAUGAAGUUAAGCAAAACUCUUGAGCCCUUUGAAAUCAAGGUACUGAGUUUCAACUGUAUAUGAGCCACGCCAUGAGAAAACCAACAUAGUGGCUUUGCAACCAGCAUGGAUCCAGACCAACCUGCACAUCGUGCAGUCUGGUCAGGAUCCACGAUGUUCGCCAACAGUUUCUCAAAUUGCAAUGGGUUUUAAAAGUGACCAGCAUGGAUCCUGACCAGAUGCGCAGGCUGGUCUGGAUCCAUGCUGGUCACAAAGCCACUAUGUUGGUUUUCCCAUGUCAUGGCUCAUUAUUGUAAGGUGCAGCUUGAUUUAUUAAGUUUAUAUUGUCAUAUCAAAGGUUCAAAGUUCUGCAAGCUGUGGUUGGUUAACAUAAUUGAUCCUUUUUCUAUAUUAAUGUAGAAUUAAUUGUUUUUGUGGGUUUUUAUUGUUAAGGUUUUAUUUUAAUUUGUGUUAUAGUGGCAUGUUAAUUUCAUAAACUAUUGUGUCGAUAUUUUUUACUAAAAUAUUUGUUAGUUACUGAAAUUUGUGAUUUCACUUUAAAUUUUGACAUUACUGAACAAUUGCCAUUCUAGUAAUCUUAUCUGGUAGUUGCUCAGGUUAUAGAAUUUUAUAGUACUAAACUGUAUUGAUAAUAAAUGAUUAUUUGUUUUCAUAAUGGCCCUGUUACAGAUUCAAGGUAUUGUAUUGAUCGGAGGCAGAAAGUCAAGGGCCAUAGCAGCUCAAGGUCCUUCUACAAGAAUUUUCUGAAAACACAGGUUUAAUGACACUUCUAUUAUGUUGUCACUCUUUUUAAUUCUUUAUAUCAAGUCAUGUCAGUGUAAUGCCUGGUCAUUACAAAUCUAUCAUAAUGAUAGUAUGUGCCCUAGUAUAAUAAUGCAUUGGCUGGACAGUAAGUUCUGUUAAUAGAUUAAAUUUACAGUCAGUGUUUUUGUACUGAUGCUUUCAUACCAAAUUUUAUUUUGCACUAUUUUUCCAGUGAGAUUUAUAUUUUGCUUUACAUGGCAGUGACGUUGAAGCAUUUGGCAUGCUUGGUUGCUAAUGAGUAUUUUAAAUGAUGAAGCAUUUGCAUGUUUUAGCAAUCAAACACAGGCUGGAAAUACAGUGCAACCUCUCCAGAGCAGCCCUCUCUAUAGCAAAGACCUCCCCACAACAGCAUCAUCAAACUUUUCCACAGCUGAAAUUUACUAUCAGUUUAACCUCUAUAGAGCAACAACCUCUCAAUAGAGAUCAAUAUCUGCAUUUCCCAAAGGGUGUUGCUCUGCAGAGGUUGCACUGUAAUGCUUGAAGGGACACCGGGGUAGUCAACAUAUUGUGUCAGUAUGAGGUUAAAUGCAACAAAACAAAAUAAGUAUGAAACUUAUUUUACAGUUAAGCUGUAUAUAAAUUAUUUCAUAAAAGGGUUUAUAUCUUCAUGAUUAGAAAAUUUUGAAACAGUAACAGAAUGGAUGUAAAUGGACUAACACACACAUUUUAGGUGAAAAAAUAAUUUCUCUAAAAAUCCAUUAAAGAUAUGUCAACUGAAAGUGACGAGUGGUACAAACUUACUGACAUAAUAUUUUUGCAGGAUUUUCAUAUAUAAUACUAUUGUGUAGAAGGUAAUGUUUUUGAAACAAUGUAGAAAAUUUACAUUUUUGCAUUUUUACUAAUAUCUGACACACUUCAUCAUUUUUCAGUGUCAUUUAUACAUUCUGUGCCAACUAAGUGGACUUGAACAUGUUGAAAAUUUUCACCCAAACUGUGGGUGAGUAGCUUUCAUUAAUUCAUGAAUUGUUACCUGAUUAAUAGCGAUGUUCCAAGUAUAUGAAGUAACUUUAACAUAUUCUGUUUCAGAAAAAUGUCUUUAUGCCUUUCAGUCAUUAAGUCAUCUGUUAUGAUACUGUUAUUUUAGUCAUACAUUUGUAUUAAGAAAAGAGUUGUGCAAUGAAUGUAAACAUGUGGUUAUAAACCAUGUAAUUAUUUCCAGUGGUGUCUGCAUUCAUUUUUCAUGAAUUAUGCAUUAAAAAUUCAAAGAAAUAAAAUUGAAACAAGUG